AUGGAUGAUGAUAUGGUAUUCGAUCCAUCUUUAAAGAAAAAGAAGAAGAAGAAGACUGGUUUUGACCUAGAUGCCGCUCUUGCAGGCGAACAAGGUGAGAGCACGAGCGUGGAGGCACCCGCUGGGUCGGGUGACGUCGACUUGCCUGAGGAUGAUAACCUCGAUUUGGAUAAUUUUGGCAAGAAAAAGAAGAAGAAGAAGAAGGGAGUCUUCAACAUGGAAGAACUUGAAAGUACAUUACCGGAAACACCUCCGGCCGAAGAGCCGGAACAACAAGAGGACGAAGUUAUUGACGACUUAGAUCUAGAUAUUGACUUCUCGAAAACGAAAAAGAAGAAGAAGAAGAAAAAUAUCGAGGAACUCGUCCUUGAGGAUGACACCAAGGGAGAAGAUCAAGAGAACGUGGAGGAUGUUAGUGGGGACUUAUGGAGCGGUACAGACCGUGACUACACGUACGACGAGCUAUUAGAGAGAGUGUUUGACAUCAUGCGAGAAAAGAAUCCAAGCAUGGUUUCUGGUAAAAAACAGAAAUUCAUCAUGAGGCCUCCACAAGUUGUUAGAAUUGGAACUAAGAAAACAUCGUUUGCCAACUUUACAGAGAUCUGCAAAACUCUUCAUCGGCAACCCAAACAUUUAUUAGACUUUUUAUUGGCUGAGUUGGGUACAAGUGGGUCUGUGGACGGCAACAGCCAACUUAUUAUCAAAGGACGUUUCCAACAGAAACAGAUAGAGAAUGUACUUCGUCGGUAUAUUAAGGAAUAUGUAACAUGCCACACAUGCCGCUCCCCUGACACCAUCCUCCAGAAAGAUACUCGAUUAUUCUUCCUUCAGUGUGAAACAUGUGGUUCCCGUUGCUCUGUGGCCAGCAUCAAGUCUGGUUUCCAGGCUGUCACCGGUAAACGUGCUGCCAUCCGUGCAAAGACUGCAUAG